AUGACGCCCAAGCCGACGGCGGCGUCCAAGAUCGCCGCCUGCCUGGCCCGCAUGAGCCUGGUUCCCGCCUUUCCCGAGUACACAGGGCCGUACAAAGUCGGCACGGUCGAUGUCGAGACGCCCGUCUCGGAACUGAAUGCGCCGAGCGACGUGCCCGAAGAGGCGGUCGACAUUCCGACGGUUCAGUUUCGCGUCUUCUACCCAGCCGUUCCCGAAUCGGGCGAGAAGCGAAUCAGCUGGCUGCCAAACCCGCAAAGGCAUCACGUGUCUGCCUAUACCAAGUUCCUCGGCGUAGGCUCAGCCUUGGCCGAGGUCUUAUCCUUCCUUCCCCGACAUCUCCACUACACCUCCAUCCCGGUUUGCAAGAAUGCGAAGAUGGCAGAGGCGAAAACGGGCAACGGGCGAUGGCCGACAAUGAUCUUCUCGCAUGGCCUCGGCGGCGGCCGCAACUCGUACUCGUACAUCGCCGGCUCCCUCGCCUCCCAUGGCGUCGUGGUCAUUUGCCCCGAGCAUCGCGACGGUAGCGCCGUCACGGCGUUCGUCCGCCAGGCAAACAAGGACCGGCGGAUCAUCCCCUACAGCAAGAUAUCGCAUAAAGCAGGGCCCGAAGUCUACGAAGCCCGAGAAGGCCAGCUGCGGACGAGGCUUUGGGAAUUGGGCUUGAUACACGACGCCGUCCUUGCCAUAGACCAAGGCCAAGCUGUGUCGAACCUUAACCUGUCGACGCCGAGCCUGCAGCAGUUUUCCGCUCAGCUUGACGUCCAGGACCCCGGACGCGUCGUGUUUGGCGGACACAGCUUUGGCGCGGCGACGAUGGUCCAGUUCUUGAAAAGCACCUACUACGCCGACACGGCCGAGGUGGUGGCCAUGAGGAAGCCGCUGUUUUCCCCGGCCAAAGGCAGCAGUCUUCGUCGGCAGAUCACGGAGAGGACGGUGACGAUGCUCCUCGACAUGUGGUGCCUGCCGCUCGCCGCUCCGAACUCGGCUCCCCUCCUCCGGCUGCCAUUGCCCAUGUUUGCCGACUUGCCCUCGGCCUCGGGUGGAAGGGCACUCUUGGCCGUCGAGUCCGAGGCCUUCUUCAAAUGGACGGAGCAUCUACACCUGACGGCGCGAAUCCUCUCUCCGGACCCGUCCGCCACCGUCGUCACCUCGGAGAUGUUCGAGCGCCCAGGCGGUGUCAAGCAUGCCGAGCCCAACUUCUUCUAUGUCGUCCAUUCGGCCCACUUGAGCCAGUCGGAUUUCGGUAUUCUGUUCCCCUGGCUUACCAGUAAAGUUUUUGGCGCCGAAAACCCCGAGCGGGUUCUGCGGCUCAAUCUUCGCGCCCAACUUCAGCUGUUUCGCGUCAAUGGAUUUCCCGUUGCCCCAACGCAUGCCGACGACCUCGUCGACGGCGCGGGCGUCGACGUCAACGAAGCAGAACUACGUCUUGCCGAGACGGUCGAUGAGGUCGCCACGCCUGCAGAGGGCGUCAACGACGAGGGCGUCAACGAUGACAAGGCCAUUUUCCAUCGAAGCGGCAACGGUGGUGUCGAGUGCUGGAAAUUCAUCGACCUUGUCGGUUUGGGCGAAGCGGGCGAAUCGGACAAGGAUAAGCCGGCGAGCGAGCAAGUUGCCGGCAUUGAGAAGAUGAAGAGUGACAAUGACCCGCUCCAGGACACACCGUCGCACCUCGUUCGCACGAGGAGCGCAGCUGCUGCGUGA